AAGGUAGUUUUUUUUUUUUUUUUUUUUGUAUUCCACCGCUGGGAGAAUAAUGUUCCGGUGUGUCAACCGCUGCUGUUGCCGAGCAGCCGUUUCUAAGCGCCAGAGCACACUGACCCCGUUUUGAUUUACUCUAAAUAUUCCGAACCUUAAUUUGUCAGUGUGAAGACGCUUGGCUUGUAGCUAGAGCUAAUUUAGCUGGCAGGCUGAGAGGCACUGUGAAGACCUCCAUUAGGCCCUUAACAGGGGCAUAGCCACAGUCAAAGAGGAUGCAAUUGAAAUGCUGGCCAGCUAUGGCCUGGCCUACUCCCUGAUGAAGUUCUUCACCGGACCCAUGAGCGACUUCAAGAAUGUGGGUUUGGUGUUUGUCAACAGCAAGAGGGACCGGAGGAAGGCUGUGUUCUGCAUGGUGACGGCCGGGGUCAUCGCGUUCGUCCUUCACAUCUUGAUAGCUUACACAGAUUUAGGAUACUACAUCAUUAAUAAGCUCCACCAUGUGGACGAAUCUGUGGGGCACAAGACAAGAAAGGCGUUCUUAUACCUAGCUGCAUUUCCAUUGUUGGAUGCAAUGGCGUGGAUUCAUGCAGGGAUACUUCUCAAGCACAAGUACAGCCUCAUAGUAGGCUCAGCCUCAAUAUCUGAUGUUGUGGCCCAGAUUGUGUUCGUGGCCAUUCUCCUCCACAGUAACCUAGAAUGUGUGGAGCCUUUACUUAUCCCGAUCCUUUCCCUGUAUAUGGGUGCCUUGGUGCGUUUCAGCAUUGUCGGUAUGGGUUACUACUGUAAAAUUCACGACAACAUCCCAGACUCCAGUGGACUUGAUGUGGGCGGCGAUGCCACCAUCAAAAAGAUGCUGACUUUCUGGUGGCCCCUGGCCCUCAUCCUGGCCACGCAGCGUAUCAGCCGACCCAUCGUCAACCUCUUUGUGUCUCGCGACCUCAAGGGGACCUCUGAUGCCACAGAGGCUGUGGCUGUCCUCACGGCCACGUACCCUGUGGGUCAUAUGCCCUACGGUUGGUUAACCGAACUGAGAGCAGUGUACCCUGCCUUUGACAAGAACAAUCCCAGCAACAAGAUGAACGCCGGCACUCCUGUCACCAAGUCACAUAUCAAAAAGUUUACAUCCUGCUGUGUAGCUCUGUCACUCUUGCUUUGCUUUGUGGUGUUUUGGACUCCCAACAUAUCAGAGAAGAUCCUGGUUGAUGUCAUUGGAGUGGAGUAUGCUUUUGCUGAGCUGUGUGUGGUCCCGCUCAAAAUUUUCUCAUUUUUUCCCGUGCCAGUGACGGUUCGGGCUCAUUUGACUGGAUGGCUUAUGACCCUGAAAAAGACCUUUGUGCUGGCCCCCAGCUCAGUUCUCCGCAUCAUUGUCCUCAUUACCAGUCUAGUUGUCCUGCCUUAUAUGGGGGUUCACGGGGCCACACUUGGGGUUGGUUCCCUCCUGGCGGGCUUCAUAGGAGAGUCGACAAUGGUUGCCAUAGCAGCAUGCUAUGUUUAUCGGCAACAGAAAAAUAAUGAGAUGUCUAAUGAGCUGGUGGUGGAGGGCGAGGACUCUGCUCCGAUGAGCGAGGUGUGCGCCAGGACUCAGAUGGAUGCCAUUGAGGAGCUCCAGGAGGAGGAGGAUGAGGAAGAACAGGAGUGAACUUUGACUGCAGGCGAUGGUUAAGCCGACCUCUACGUGGAACUUUGCUGAAGAAGAUACUGCCGAGUGUUAGUGCUGGAGAUGAGAGAGGACCCGAGUAUGGUUUGGUUUCAGAGGUUCUCCCAUCCGACUAAACUUUGAAUAAGAGUGACGCGGUCUUCUUCACGUCGAGCUACACACCAUUAAAACGCACACUGUAAAGAAAGCCAUGCACCUCCAAGUGUUUAUUCAUCUGUGUAAAUACCGUUUUGUCUUCCGACCUUAUUAGUUUUUAAUAGUUACAUCAUUGCAUCGGCCGGUGUAAUGACCACUUUCAUGUUUACUGGUAAACAAGGGAAAACCCAGGAGAACGUUUCCUCCUCAGCAAGAAUGAAAUGUCUGUCGAGUGGUAGUGGAGUUGCCAAAAUACAGAGUUAUGUUAUUUUAUGAAGAUUAGGCAGCAAAGGCCUUGCUUGAAUUCAAAUACAGAAAUGUUGUGGGACUAUUGGGUUGUGCAAUCGUAUUUUACAUACAACAGUGUACAGAUUGUUUUAUAUAGGUAAUGCAAUGUGUAUAUUUAAUAGCCCAGAGGGGUCAGGAAUCCCUCAUUAUAUCAUUGCGUGUGGUAAAAAAUACAAUUAUGAUUGUUCACUUUUCAUGCAGUCCAUCUACUUUUGUUUUGCCAAGCAUUUUCCUGGUAGUAUUCAGACUGUUGUGUGUAUUGUAUAUACUGUAUAGGCAUUCUUAUUUGGCAAAUAAAUUGCUUUAUUACUAA